AUGGAAAAAGUUAUUCCAUGUUUUAGAAAACAUGGAAAAUACAGUGUGUUUCCUGUCCAAAAACAUGGAAAGGCUUGUUAUAAAAUGUUACAUUAUGUUGAAUUUCGAAACGAAGAUAGUAAAAUCCAACUAUCAGCUAAAAUUGGUAACCAA